GGCCCGGCUGCGGACAUGCGCAGUGUGCCGUCACUGGCUGGCUCGUUGCGCUGCGACUCCACCCCUCCUGCAGACGAAGGCAUGGCGAGCACCGAGGCUAGAAGAGAGUGUGAGACAGAGGGCUGCAGCAAGGACGCUAAACUCCAGUGCCCUACCUGUAUCAAGCUUGGUAUCCAAGGCUCAUACUUCUGUUCACAGGAAUGUUUCAAAGGGAGCUGGGUGUCUCACAAGUUGCUGCACAAAAAAGCAAAAGAGGACCAGAACCAGAAUGAAUCCAAGAACUGUGUGGAGAAGGACAUCAACACAGACCCAUGGCCGGGCUACCGCUACACUGGAAAACUACGCCCUUACUACCCCCUGACUCCUAUGAGGCCUGUGCCAAGUGACAUCCAAAGACCUGACUACUCCGAUCAUCCCAGAGGGAUAUCUGAGUCUGAGCAGUUUCUGAAGGGGACUUCACAAAUCAAGGUCCUUUCUCCUGAAGACAUUGAGGGGAUGAGAGUAGUGUGUGAGCUGGCACGAGAAGUCCUGGACAUUGCAGCAUUGAUGGUGAAACCAGGUGUUACAACAGAAGAAAUCGACCACGCUGUGCAUCUGGCUUGUACAGCGAGAAACUGCUACCCUUCACCUCUCAACUACUACAACUUCCCCAAGUCCUGCUGCACAUCUGUCAAUGAAGUCAUCUGCCACGGCAUCCCAGACAGAAGAGAACUACAAGAUGGGGACAUCCUCAAUGUGGACAUCACUAUAUACCACAAUGGUUUCCAUGGGGACCUCAAUGAAACCUUCUUUGUUGGAGACGUGGAGGAAGAAGCAAAGAAACUGGUUCUGACUACAUAUGAAUGCCUUAUGCAAUCCAUCGACUCCGUGAAGCCUGGUAUUCGCUACAGAGAAUUAGGAAACAUCAUUCAAAAACACGCUCAGGCCAAUGGCUACUCUGUGGUGCGCAGCUACUGCGGCCACGGCAUCCACAGACUUUUCCACACUGCUCCAAAUGUGCCACAUUAUGCCAAAAACAAAGCAGUUGGAGUCAUGAAGCCUGGCCAUGUGUUCACCAUUGAGCCCAUGAUAUGUGAAGGUGGCUGGCAAGAUGAGACGUGGCCUGACGGAUGGACAGCGGUGACCAGAGACGGGAAGCGGUCAGCUCAGUUCGAACACACCCUGCUAGUGACGGAGACUGGCUGUGAGAUCCUCACCCGCCGCAUGGAGGAAAACGGCCGAGCUCAUUUCCUCAGCCAAAUGUAGGCUAGAGCUACACCAAGGACUGGACUUCCCAGACACAGACGACCCAGCACACCUGGGUCUCAGACACACACACACACACACACACACACACACACACACACACACACACACACACACACACACACACACACACACACACACACACACACACACUCACACACUCACACAGAAACACACACACACACACACACACAAGAGGCCCCACUCCUAGAGCUCAAGCUCUCAUUGUUCUUUGAAUUAAAUAUCGGUUCCUCAAAUGAAAUGGAAGUACUUGAAUGUGUCUUACAUGAAACACAGAUCACUUUUUUUUAGUGAAAUCUAUAUCCUCUGAAGGAUAUCUGAAAGUAUUUAUUAGGUUCUGGCUUUGCUUAGUGGUUGGGCUUGAAAUCAGGCCUGUUUUGACCUCUGGUUGAUGUUGGCCAGAAUGUCUACCAGCUGGUUAGUCGUUGUCUGUGGUGUGUGGAGCUCAGGGCAAAUCCAACUAGCAUGCCGUGCUUCGCUUCUUUUCUCUCAGCCUCUGCUAACCUAAUUAGACUUUAUUAAAUAUAUCCCAGAGAUGAAUGAAAAGAACUAGCAAGUCUAGAGACCAAGGGAGCAUUCCUAGAAACUGGGUCAACAAGUCUCACAACAGUGACAACUAGCCACUCAAAACAAACAUUUAAAAUGUGGAGCAUAAUAGAAGGCUAAAAAAUGAACCUGCAUUCUAAGUUUACAAAUCAUCCACCGGCAGCUUCUUGAAUUCUUACACAGCAGAAGAGUUAAAAUGCAGCAAUUCAAGGGAGUUGUUUGGUGAUUCUGGAAAUAUGCUUGGUUGAAAAAAUGUGUAAAAGAUAAGAAACACUGUCAUAUUGCUCCCUUCAGUUUGAUGCUUCAUUCACUAGAUUGUUUGCUUGGCAAGAGGGGAGCAGUCAAAAUGUCAAUAGUUGACAUGGAAUAUGUAACAUGUUUAUUAAGUACAAAAAAUGAACAGCAUAAAGGACAAUAUUGGUUCAAAGGAACAAGAUAAAUAGCACAUAAAGAAAUCUAAUGAGGUUCUGAUAGUUGGUUUUGGACAAAGCCUGGCUAGCUGUCUUUAAUUAGAAAAAAAAGGCAAAGCUUGGAUGAUCCUCUCCUUACUGAAGCUUUAUAUUUAAAGGUCAAGCAAUUAAGAGCAAUGGGUCCAUAGGCAGAGUUUUCAGGAGACCUGGCAUAACAUACUCAUAGUUACUUAAUAGGUAUAUCAAAUUAAAAAGUGAUCAUUUGUUAGAAUAAGCAGGGAGAUAAAAUGUAUUGUAACAUGGCCUUUAACAUUGUAGUAGUUUUGCAGCCACCACAGAGAGGGGAAGUGGUUAUCUGUUAGUUGCAAACUAUAACUUCACCACUAGGUGCCUCUAAAUCCUACUCUGCUCUUCUAAUCCACAGAGAGCUGUAUGAACCUUUUUAUCCAACUUCAAAAGCAAAAUUAGGGAAAUUCUCAAAUUGUGAAUUGGUAUGUAAACAUGCAAAGUUUCACUGUCUUAUUUAUGUGUUGAUGUAGUGUAAUAUCCUGAUACCUAAACAAUUUCACAUAGUGGAUGUUAGACAUGACUAACGGGGAUUGUGUUUAAACCACAGAACAUCUACACAGGUUAAGAUUAUAAACAUGCUGAGCUUGUUAAUCCUGCUUUGAGGAAUACUCUCUAAGUCUCUCCUGUUUACUAAAAACCCUGGUGUAGCAAAGUGAGCCUUACGUGUGAAUCUAGAAAUUUAAACCCUGCCAGGUAUAAUUAAGGCACAUUAAGUCAACAGUCACCAAAGUACAUUGAUGUGGGGAUUGUCCUGGUGCAAGCAGCAUUCAUUUCUACAUUUUCAGAGGACUUAUGUGAUUUGCAGUUUCUCUGCCAUCUUUGUAUUUCUUCUAAUGGAGUAAUAAAUGACUCUUCUGUA